AUGGCGAACCUCCCGCUCACUCUGCCCGAGCUGUCGCCUCCGCUGCCGCCCAGCUGGUACGAGGCGCCGUUUGUCAUCCGCUCAGAGCCGGCCUCAUUGCCCGGUGCCUCGCUCGAAGUCCUCGAGCACCUCUCCUCCAGCUGGCGCGCCCAUGCCGAGUUUUACCCUCGCGGUGCGCGCUCCGCAGCCGCGUCCGCGCUGCGGCUCGCGCCGCGCAGAUCGCUGCGCCGGCUGAGGCAGGGCGAUGCGUCGGGUGCAUACGCGCUGCUGCCGGUGCCGCCACGCCGCUGGCCGCAGCUCCUCGCCGCCGCGGGCGUGGAAGAGCCGCCCUUUGUGGCCGAGGCGCGCCGCCGGCCGGAGGAGGAGUGCGCGUCGGCGGUCGGCCACGCCAACCUGCGCGGCCGAAAGGCGUGGACGCUCUGCCCGCCGAACCAGACGCGAGGCGGCGGCUGUCUCGAGGCGACGCUCGGCCCUCGCGACCAGCUCUUCUUCCCGCGCGGCUGGAGACAUGCGACCGCCACCCUCGACGCUGGGUCCGCCUCCGCGUCACGCCUCCUCGUCACGCCACCGGACGCGCCCCUCUUCGGAGCCGCCGUGCAGGACCACUGCACGCGCGGGCUCGCGCUGAGCCGCGGCUCGUACGAGGUGUUGUGCGCCGCGCUUGCGCCCUGCCUAAGGCGGCUCAUGGCGGGGCAGUGGACGCAGGAUGGCCUCGACUCGCAACGGGCCGACAGCGCGAGGAUACUUGCCUGA